CAUGUCGAGCCUCGCCUUCGGUCCCGAGCGGCGGCAGAUUCUGAUACUUUCCCAACUGCGUUCGAUACCAGCCUCUCGAACAACUUUACUUCCUCCACGUGCCCCAAAUUCUUCAAGUCUUUCCUUUCCAACACCACCAUUACCUCCUGUCAUGCCGUCUCCAUGCUCCUGCGUGAUUCCAGCUCCUUCUUCCGCGUCGUCACAUCCGCCACGCUGACCUCAGAAGUCCUCGAUACCGCAUGUGCCUCCAAUGUCACCGAUUGCGCAUCUAUCUUCUCUGCUCUCGCGGCCGAGCUGCUCAAGGAAGAUGUUUGCGGCAAGGACUACUCUGCUGGUAAUCCUAUAGUUACCAAUGCGUACACCGACAUGAUCACUUAUGAGCCACUUUACCGGGCUACAUGUCUCCAAUCCCCUUCGACCAACAAUUAUUGCUUUGUGGAUGCUAUCAGCAAUACCAACAACUCCGCGGACUACGACGUUUAUUUUGUAGCCUACGGUAGCACCAUUGCCGCCUCUCCUGCGCCCACCUGCAAUAAAUGUCUCCAGGCUACCUUGGCUCUCUUCGCCACCUGGGCCGAGAUGGACGGGCAACCCGUUGUCAAUUCUUACAUCCCCUCUGCUGAGGCCAUCAACUCGGAUUGUGGCGAGAGCUUUGCCAAUGUCAACAUCACUGUUGGUUCUGAGAAAGCCGUCUCCAGCUCU